AUUUCAUCUCGCUGUGCCCAGGACUUGCCCGCUGUGUGAACAGAAAAAUACGCAAUUUCUAAGUGAAUUUAAAUUCAUUUAGCCAAAAGCACCCAGCACAUAGCACAUCUAAAGUAACCACUUUAGCCUUUCCAGGUUCUUUCAAUUCUUGUCGAAUCUAUUCCACGUUCAUCAGUAUGGACCAGCAAAGUUCAAACAAGUCUCCUAACCCGUACUCAGAAACUCCCAUUAUAUUGUCCCCACCUCCAUUGGAACAAGAGCAACAACGUCACAUACAACAACAACUCCAAUCACAUCUGCAAAAACCACAACCUAUGAGCUUACCACCGUUUGCCCAGCACACUGCUGCUCCUUCGUCCAACCAACUUCCUCAGGGCCACUCGGAAAGACAGCAAAGCGUAGGAUACAAUUUACAACACGAGUUUGAGACUCUCACUGCAGAUUUGGAUUUGGAUUUGCGAAACAAUUUACCUACCCAUUACGAAAACCAGCCGCCGUCGAAACCGCCACUUGAAGUGCCACAGCCACAACACUUGUCAGCCAGUUCUGUCAAUGAAACCAGCUUGAAAUCACCUGGAUUAAUGGCCCCAUCGGCGAAAUACGGUGCUUUAGGUGCAGAUCUUUUAGGAAUCUCUUCAUCAGGUUCAUCAUCAGCUUUGCUCCGUGAUUCGGCAUUGUCGCCAAUCCCGCAAAUUCCCUCCGCGAACCUUGCGUCGUUGUUGAAACCUAAUGGCGUCUCCCUGUACAACUCGCAAAAUAGCAGCACGACCCCUGGGAACACCAGUACUGGAUUCUUGGGCCCUCCUCCAUUAGCAUCAAUCCCUGAUCGUCCGCAAUCUGUCAAUGACUUUAGCAAUAUUUUCAAUCGUAACGAGUUAAACCUGUUUCAAUCAUAUGCUCAGCCCCAGCAAGCACCACAACCGCAACAACAGCAACAACUCGGCCAAGCAAGCUUUUAUCUGGAUUUAUUAGUAUUUAGCAACUGGAUUGAAAACUUGAAUCCUCAAGAUAAUAUCACCAUGAUUGAUUAUUUAUGCAACAGUUUGCCGCUUGAUAUUUUGCUAGCUUUCAAAUCAAGGUUGGACCACCAUUUACAAGCACCCAAAUUGCAAACCCAGCCUGCGCAAGCCCAGGCUGCUCAACAACAGAAUUUCAAUUUAAUGUCUCCGCUCAACAAUUCCUAUUCUCAGGAUUUAUAUACUGACAUUGAACAAUUGAAUCUUCAAGAUUCAAAACUCCAACAGCAGCCACAACAAUUGCAACAUCCAAAACCUACAUUCAGACAAGGCGCCCAAUACUUAAACAUUAUGGAUCGCAUUGCCAGACCUAAAUCGGCAGAACCAUCUGCUUCUGGGAUCAGAUAUGGUAAUUCUCAACAACAGUUUGAAAGAUCAAGAAGCCCAACCAGUCAUUUAUAUGAGAAGACAAAUUUCUUACAAUUGGCUGCAGUUACCAAUGCACCUGUGCGUCACCACUACGGACAUGACGACGAUUUAUCAUCACACACCGCAUUGAAGUUGGGAGCAUUAGCCACGAUUAAUUCCCGCGUAGCCCUUGAUUCAAACAGGAAACAUGGACAUUCUCACGGUGCAACUGGGGCCACUUGGAACCUAACCAUGCAACAACAACAACAACAGCAGCAGCAGCAACAACAACAACAACCGCAACAGCCACAACCACAACAUAAACACACUCAAUCGAGAACCCAUGCUGCUGUUGCCUAUGAGGAUUCUCUUAACAGAAGUUUGAAUUCUGCUUCUGUGCCCGCUAAUCUUCACCGUACGACUAGUUCAAAAUCAAGCUCUUCUAAAAAGAAAGGACCGCAAUCGCCAACAUCUAACAAUACACUGACCACUGCAGCAACUGCAGCAGCAGCAGGUAGCACUACCCCAUCGACUACCACUUCCUCGUCUAUGCCUAGUGAAGUUGCCAAUAUCGAGUUAUUAAACAAUAUUCCAGCUUGGUUAAAGUUGUUGCGCUUACACAAGUAUACUGAAUGCCUUAAGGACAUUCCAUGGAAGGAACUUAUUGAGUUGGAUAACGAUGAAUUGGAAGCCAAGGGGGUUGCGGCGUUGGGAGCCAGACGUAAGUUGAUGAAGGCGUUUGAUGCUGUCAAGGCCAGCUUGAACGAAAAAGAAUAAUCUAUUUGAUAUAGAGAAUUGCAUGUAUUACCAUUGUAUAGACAAUAUAAAACUUAUAAACCC